AUGCACAUCAGCGAUAAUCUAUGGAUACACCGUCAGAGGGCUUCAUUUUCAACCUUGUUGCUUCUCUCCAUCAUGGCACCCAGCGGAGACUCAGACACCAAGGACAAGAUUCAGUCCUCGACCGCACUCGCCUCGUCCAUCGAAACAGCCUCCAAGUCGUCCAGGUCAUCAACCAACGAAAAAGAAAAGGAAUCGCCAGAGGCUAUCCGUCAACGCAUUCUUGACCAAGAGGCCGAGUUCCGCGCCUCUCAAAAGCCCACAACCAACCUUGCCUCGUUCUGGUCCUGGAAGAAAAGUGAGAGCCGCCGCCCCGAAGAUAUUGCCACCCAGCCUUCUGUCUUCGACAACCCCGAACUCGCCCCGUAUUUCCAGCCGACCGAGCGCUAUGAGAAUCGUCACCGCUUUGAUCCCUCCUUCAAGUGGACUUGGGCAGAGGAGAUUCCGUUGAUCAGAAAGAUAGAUUGGAAAGUCACCGCGUGGAGUUGCGUUGCCUUUUUCGCCUUGGAUUUGGACAGGAGCAAUAUCUCACAAGCCAACACGGACAACUUCCUGGACGACCUGGGGUUGGACACCAAUGACUACAACUUGGGCCAGACUGUGUUCCGAAUCAGUUUCCUGUUGGCCGAGUUGCCUUCGCAACUGAUCAGUAAGAAGAUUGGUCCUGAUCGAUGGAUUCCAGCUCAGAUGGUUCUCUGGAGUAUCGUGAGUGCGGCACAGUUUUGGCUCAAAGGACGAUCAUCCUUUUUGGCAACGAGAGCAUUGAUUGGAUUGCUCCAAGGCGGCUUUAUUCCCGAUGUGAUCCUGUACAUGUCCUACUUCUUCAAAGGCACAGAACUUCCUUUCCGCCUGGCGCUGUUUUGGAUGGCAAAUCGAUUAACAGAUGUCAUAUCCCCCCUAUUGGCAUACGGACUCCUGAGAUUGAGAGGAUAUCAUGGAUAUGAAGGGUGGCGGUGGCUAUUCCUCCUGGAGGGCAUUCUGACACUGGUGAUCGGUAUUUGGUCCUACUUCCAGAUGGUACCUUCACCAACGCAGACCAAAGCUCCCUGGCGCAAGAAGGGAUGGUUCACGGAACAUGAAGAGAAAAUCAUGGUCAAUCGUAUACUGAGGGACGAUCCUUCCAAGAGUGACAUGCAUAACCGGCAAGCCAUCACUUUCAAGCUACUUUGGGAAUCUCUUUGUGACUUUGACUUAUGGCCAAUCUACCUCAUCGGCCUUACUUUCUCCAUGCCUGCCGGCCCACCGGAUCAAUACUUGACUUUGACGCUCCGGCAGUUGGGUUUCGAUACGUUUGACUCCAACCUGCUCAGCAUCCCUUGCCAAAUCACCUGCACCAUCAGUAUGCUCCUCAUCACAUAUCUGUCCGAGAAGCUGAACCAAAGGGCCUUCAUGGGAGUGGUGAUGCAAGUGUGGCUUCUGCCAUGUGUUGUAGCCCUCUAUCUGCUACCAGCCGACGCAUCAAGAUGGGCAGCAUACGCCGUCGUCACGGUAUUGCUGUCCUAUCCUUCCACUCACGCGAUGCAAGUGGGAUGGUGCAGCAGAAACAGCAAUACCGUGCGCACACGUACCGUCUCUGCUGCGCUUUACAACAUGGCAGUCCAAACCAACAGUAUCAUAUCCUCCAACAUUUACCGACGAGACGACCGACCGGAAUACCGACGUGGUAACAGGGCCCUGAUUGGCAUUGCAAGCAUGAAUAUUGUCAAUUACCUGCUGGUCAAGGCUUAUUACGUAUGGAGAAACAAGAAGCGAGACGAAACCUGGGACAGGAUGAGCCAAGAGGAGCGGCGGAAUUACUUGGCUACCACGACGGACAAGGGAAGCAAGAGACUGGACUUUAGAUUCGCACAUUAG